UUGGCAGGAUUUCGUUCCAUCAGUUUCAACAACUUGCCAUUGUAUGUCCGGUUCAGUGUCAACUGAGCAAUCGUGUGUAGAUGUAACGCCACUCUCAGCUCGAAGCCCCAGUCUGUUUCAGUUGAACACCCGGUCGAAAAGAAGCUCACCUGCAAGGGUUAAGGAAAACACCCAGUCGGAAUCAUGUGGAAGCUCACCUGCAAGUGGAUCGAAGGAGCUGGUGUAUGAAAUGUUUCCAACUGAUCCGAUGGACACGCGAAGAAGAAUCCUUCUUGCUUUGCAUAACAUAAAGUUUGCGGAUCGUAAGGAUCAGUGGAGAGCUACUAAUCCUGAUGUACUGGAAAGAGUUGAACGAACUCUACGAGUUGUGGAUUGCAACUUGACUAUCGAUGAUAUAAAAGAACAAAUUACUGCAUUGGAAAAUGAUGUCAAACUCCAUUUGGCGGGUGAUCACUGUAUUUCAGAGGAUUGGGUCACAUAUAUUGCAGUGUUCGACUAUGUUACGCCUGACUAUGUCGUCGAGACCCCGCCGGCACAACAUGUAGACAAUGAUAAUGUAGCCGAUGAGCCUAAUCCCAGAAAGAAGAUGAAGAUGAAGAUGACAUGGAACGCAGAGUCCACCAGCAGUGGCAAGUCAGAUUCAAGCAUUGGUGAACGUUUUACAAACCUGAUGGAAGAUAAAGAAAUUGCCGCAGAACUCUUCAAGGGUCGACUGAGUAUGGAAAAUUGUUGUGACAAAGCUAUGAGGUGUGGUUUCGAAGGCAAAGAACUUCGUUCUGUUAUAAAUUUAUGCAGGUUAAAUUGGGAGCAUCGUCAGAUAUUUAUGAAACUUAAAGAUUCUGAAGCAAAGGACUAUGCCUUAGAAGCUAUUUACGGGUUUGUCCCGCCGCCACCGCCUCCGCCGCCGACCCAGUGAGUUGUAUGAACGUUUCCGAACUUGUAUGGACUGUAUAUGUUCAUUUAUGCUGG